AUGGCGACGAAGAAGAAGGACGCGAAGCGGCCGGAGCUGCCGAAGAAGAAGGCCGUGCUCAUCGAGGACAUCACGCCCGACAUCCUCUUGGAUCUGACGCCGGAGCAGCUCAAGGAGCAGCUCGACCUGCGCCACCUCGACGACCAGGGGCGCCGCAAGCCGCAGUCCCAGCGCGAGCCCUGCCCGACGCAGGACUUCGGCGGCUGCCUCUGCUACCAGAUCGGCCCCAACAGCUGGUACCACCUCCCCGAGGACUGCCCGCACCACGACGCGCCGUCGACGGCCUACAGGCUCCGGGAGCAGCUCGAGCGCUACGACGAGCUGCUGGCCGUCGUGACGCCGCGCACGGAGGCGCGGAACAAGGCCGCCGCCGACGCCGAGGCCGCCGCGGCCGCGGGCCAGGAGGAGAAGGCCUACGACCCGCUCUACGACUGGAGCCUCUACUGCCGCGAGGACCACCCGCGGUGGCUCCAGUACAAGCGCGAGCGGGCCAUGCGCGAGGCCGCCAAGGCCGCGGGCAAGAUCCCCGACGGCACGCUGUCCUUCGACGGCGUCGACCGCUACGGCGCGGACGACCCCUUCCUCUACGGCUCGUACCGGCCGGAGGAGUACAACGAGUUCCACCGGCGCUUCCCCCAGGUCUACACCUUCGAGGGCGAAGAGCCGCCGCCGCCGCCGCCGCCGCCGGACGACCUUUCCGAGGCCGCGGCGCCCGCCGCGGCGCCGGGCGACGGGACGGCCGCGGACGGCGGCGCCGCGGCGCCCGCGCCCGCGGCCGCGCGCGCGGCGCCCGCGCCCGCCGCGGCCGUCGAGGCCCCGGCGGCCGAGGCCCCGGCGCCCCCGGCCGUCGAGGCCCCGGCGCCGGCGCCCGGCGCCAACCUCCGCCUCGAGCUCCCGCCGCCGGGCGCCGAGGCCCGCGCGCCCGCCGCGCGGCCGGGCACGCCCGUGACGCCCGUGCCGGAGUCCGAAUACGCGGAGAUGCGCAACGAUCUCAGUGGCUGCAUGGGCCGCAUCCUGACGGACGACGCGCCGGAGCCUGCGUACGCGCUGCUGCCGGAGGAGCGAGCAGAACGCGACGCCACGCGGCGCGCGCGCGUCGACUACGCCGUCAUGGCCUGGCUCAACUUCUUCGAGACCGGCGCCGGCGCGGGCCUGACCAAGUUCCUGCCCCUCUUCCUCGCCGCCCGCGGCCUCGACGCCGCCCAGGUCGGCGCCGUCCUCGCGUCCACCCAGGUCGCCAAGUUCGCCGGCGGCCUCGUCUUCGGGCGCCUCGCGGACGCGACGGGCGGCUACAAGGCCGUGCUCCUCGCGACGAACGGCGCGGCGUGCGCCUUCGCGCUCGCGCUGACGUCGCUCGCCGCGCCCUGGCGGUCGCUGCGCGGCCUGGCGCGCGUCGCCGCCGUCGCGGCGGUCGUCGACGGCCAGGCGUUCUUCGGGAGCUCGUCGGGGACGCUCAUCGACGCGAUCGCGGUCGUGAACAUGGCGGGCGGCGGCGCGUCCUACGGGAGCCUGCGGCUGUGGGCGGCGCUCGGCUGGGGCGUCGCGGCCGUCGCCAUCGGCCGCGGCGUCGACGCCUUCGGGUUCUCGGCGAUCUUCGUCGCGUUCGUCGCGGGCACGGCGCUCGCGUCGUGCGUCGUCGCCGUCCUGUUCAAGAGCCCCGCGGCCAAAACCCCCGCCGGCGCGGCGGCGCCGGCGCCCGCGGGGCGCCGCUGGUACGCGGCGGGCGCGACGCCGCUCUACUUUCUGAACUUCUUCGUCCACGGGUGCCUCGCGGCGUUCGUCGAGAGCUUCCUGCUCCUCUACGUCGCGAGCCGCUACCCGGACGCGCCGUCCUGGUUCCUGGGGCUGCUGGUGCUCGUCGCGGCGCUCUGCGAAUGCCCCGUUUUUUUCUACGCGCAGCGCCUGCUCGACCGCUUCGGCGUGCGGCGAUUACUCGUCUUCGCGCAGGGCCUCUUCGCGCUCCGCUGCGCCGCCUACGCGUUUUUACCGGGCUGCGUCGACGACGACCGCGGCUUUUGGUACUUUUUGCUCCUCGAGCCGUCGCACGCGGUCACCUUCGCGCUCAUGUGGUCCGCGGCCGUCGAGUACGCGCGGACCGCGGCGCCCGUCGAGCGCCAGGGCGGCGCCCAGGCGCUGCUCCGCGGCGUCUACUAUUAUCUCGGCGUCGGCGCCGGGUCCUGGGUGGGCGGCCGCAUCGUCAAGGCGCGCGGGUUCCACGCGCUCUACGUCGCGGGCGCGGUCGGCAUGGCCGCGUGGAUGGCGGCCUGGGCGCUCCUCCUGCGCGCCUGGCGGCCGCGGCCGGCCGCCGCGGCCCUCGCGCCCGCGGAGGCGUCGACGGAGGUGUUCUAA